AUGGAGACAAACGGCCAGGCUAAUGGGCUUAAGUCAAAAAAGAAAGAAAAAGAAGACGCCAAGGACAAUCUGUGGUCUGCAAUUCUAGAAGAGGUCCAAAACCAAGGGAACACAAAACUACCUUCAAACAAAAAUGUUUUAGUUUUGGGUGAUAAUGAGACUGGAAAAACUACUUUGAUAGCGAAAUUACAAGGUGUUGAGGACCCUAAGAAAGGGUCGGCUCUCGAAUAUGCGUAUAUAGACGUUAGAGAUGAGUAUCGUGAUGAUCAGACACGUCUCAGUGUAUGGGUGCUGGAUGGUGAUCCAGGACACACAAACCUGCUCAAGUUCGCUCUUAGCGAGGAGACAUUCCCGCACACACUGGUCAUCCUCACAGUCGCCAUGACGACGCCUUGGGGUAUACUCGACCAGUUGCAGAGCUGGGCGUCAGUGCUCGGCGAUCAUAUAGACAAAUUAGAUCUCACUCCUGAACAAAGGUUACAAAGUAAAAAGCAGCAAGUACAGAAAUGGCAGAGGUAUACAGAACCAGGAGACGAGCUGGAGCCCACAGCGUCAUCUCCAAUGAAGAGGUCUUCGAGAAACUUAUCUGAUGAUCUGGAAAACGGCGACGAUGAUGACUGUCCCUUGCCAGAGGCCGUACUUACUACUAAUCUAGGACUUGACAUUGUAGUUGUAGCAACUAAGACCGACUACAUGAGCACCCUGGAGAAGGAACACGAUUACCGCGACGAGAACUUCGACUUCAUGCAGCAGUGGAUCAGACGGUUCUGCCUUCAGUACGGUGCGGCACUCUUCUACACAAGCGCUAAGGAAGACAAGAAUUGUGAUCUUCUUUACAAAUAUCUCACGCACAGGAUAUAUGGGCUGCCUUUUAGGACGCCCGCGUUGAUCGUCGAGAAAGAUGCAGUUUUGAUACCGGCCGGUUGGGAUAGCAUGAAGAAAAUUAGUAUAUUAUACGAGAACAUGCAAUCGUGUAAGCCAGACGAUUACUACAGGGAUGUCAUAGUACAGCCUGUCGUACGGAAAAGUGGAGCAAACCGCGAGGCGGAAGUACAAGCGGAGGACGAGCAGGCCUUCCUGCAGCGCCAGCUCGCCGCGCUCCAGGCCGGGGCGCCCGCGCCGCGCGCCGACUCGCCCCUGCGAGCCACGCAGCGGGCCACCUCGCAGCUGGACGGAACGAAAAUCAGUAUGGGUCCGGGAACGCCCGGCAACGAGGGCGUGCUGGCCAACUUCUUCAACUCGCUGCUGUACAAGAAGACGGGCUCGCCGGCGGGCCGGCCCGACGCGUCGCCCGCGGCGGCGGCUGCGCGCUCGGACGCGGCGGCCGAGCUCGACCGCCUCACGCGCACCGCCAAGACCCGGCCCGCCGGCCCGCCGCCGCCCAUCGACCUCAACUCCUCGUCCGAGUGCUAG